AUGCAAGUCCCGACCGUCACUCUUGAAGAUUUACAAGCUUUCCAAGCUUCGCAUUUCCCAGGCCAUCCUCAAACAAUAAACCUGCCCGCCGCCGAACCUGCCUACGAGGACCCUUAUGAAGAUGGAGAGGAAGAUCUAGGAUACUAUCCUGACGGUGUGAAACGCACCCUCACGGAUGAGCAAAUCCGGAUAUUCAGACACAGCGAAAUUCACGCUUUACUUCGCGAGCGACAGCUCCAGCAGGAUGAAGCUGACUACGAGGCGAGGCGGGAGAAGAGCGAGGACCAACCGGGUCAAGCAAUCGGAGCCGAGGAGAACGCAAUGAACGCCGCAGCAAAGAAUCCAUCUCCGCAAGACUCUGCGAUGAAUGCGCAGCCAUCCUCGCGGCAACCACCUAAGGCGCUGACCAGGCCGGUGCCGACUGCUGCGGAAUCCGAGUAUCUCAACUACGAGGAAACCGACCAAGGUUUGACGGAUAAAGGGCAGAAUCAACAGCUCCAGAAUACUCACCCGCGACGGAAAGUCGUUUCUUAUGAUGAUUGA